GCAUUCUGUGGGCCUCCCUUUGCUUGUCUUCACUUUGCGCACAAGACCAGGCUGUCGUCAUGACAUUGCCAAAGCAAACCAGCACAACCGACAAUAAUCAGGAAAGUGGGCAUCAACGGGGUCAAGCAGCGGCGCAAGGCGACACCACGCACUUUCAAAGCCGCGCUCACAAGCUGGCCACGCUAAUCAUGAUGACCACGGGUAGCGCAAACGCUGCCAUGUUUCCCAUGAUGUUCAUCUUCUACGGAGGAGUGCCGUUCCUGCUGGCGUACCUUGUCCUGCUGGCGACCGUGGCGAUGCCCGUGAUGCAGCUGGAGAGCAACCUGGCCCAGUUCGCCGGAGACGGCAACUGCGGCGUCUUCAGUACGGUUCCGCUGUUCCUCGGCACGGGCUACGCGCUGACGUUCUACGUAGUUCUGCGCGUGGUGGCCGACUCGUUGCCCCUCUCUGACGUGCUCCUGCAGAUGGUCGGUCUGGGAGGCUCCACGGUCCCAUGGACCGGGUCCUGUCCCGGUGGGUGGACGGCCAACAACCGCACCUGUUACGCCGUCAGACAGGGAUCGGUCCCGUGCCGAUUGUUGCGCGGUCGUUUCGCGGACUCGUUCCGGCGCAUGGCACUGGGCGAAGGCGUACCUCUGCUGCGCGGCGACCAGGUGGUGUUGGUGCCGUCCAAGUCCUACCACCACGAUGCCGCCGGGUGCAUGCCCGACCUGUACACACCGGCGCCCCCCUACGACUUCCGACGUCAACAGAGUUGGGCGGAGCACACGUACGACCACAUCCGCGCACAGCCUCUGCUCUCGAUGGCCGCUAUCUGGGUCCUGGUGUUCGCGCUCGCCCACGGUGGUUUCAUCAGGCUCAAGAACGUGCGUCUCGCGUGCUUCACCUGAU